AGGGUCAAGCCGAUAUUAAAGACCUUGUCCACGAAAGGACCGAAGGAGAAUCUGGAGAAAUUCUCAAGCUUCCGCACAAGAUAUUAUCGCAGUGACACCGGGAAAGAAAGCCAGGCAUGGCUCCUUUCGAAGAUAUCACAGAAUGCGUCGAAGUCUCUUCGUAAACUGAUUACCUUGACAGAGUUUACCCAUCCUUGGGGCCAACAUACUAUCAUCGUUCGCAUCAAUGGCUCUUCGACUGAUGACGAUGGUGUUGUUAUUAUUGGUGCCCAUCAAGACAGUACAAACAUGUGGCCUUUCCUGCCUGCUCCUGGAGCGGACGACGAUGGCUCCGGAAGUGUUACCAUUUUGGAAGCGUAUCGUGGCUUGAUUGCCGCUGAUUUCCAUCCAGUACGCUCAGUCGAAUUCCAUUGGUACUCUGCCGAGGAAGGAGGUCUUCUCGGUUCCCAAGCUGUCGCAAAAGACUAUCAGUCCCGUUCCGUGAAUGUUAUUGCAAUGAGCCAGUUUGAUAUGACAGCUUGGGUCAAGCGCGGAACGCGAGAGGAAGUCGGCAUAAUUACUGACUUCACUGAUCCAAGUCUUACCAAAUUCAACAUGGACAUUGUGGACACAUACCUUGAUAUCCCUUAUGUACCGACCAGAUGCGGAUACGCUUGCAGUGAUCACGCCUCAUGGAGGAAGGCAGGAUACCCUUCGGUUUUUACCAUUGAGAGCACGUUUGAAAAUUCGAACAAGCAUAUCCAUAGCGCCAACGACCGCAUCGACAUUUCUGACGAGUUCAGUUUCUCUCAUAUGUUGGAGUUUUCCAAGCUGGCUGUUGCAUUUGCAGUAGAGCUAGGUGGUUGGUCCGAGACAGAUUAA